AUGUCCCAAUCCAAUUACAAGAAAGUCGAAAAGCCUGGACGCAACAAUGCAGGUGGUGAUGCCUCCAGCAACAUUCAAAAGAAUGAAAUUAGAAUUACUGCUCAAGGUCGUAGUAGAUCCUACAUUUCCUAUGCUGUUGGCUUACUCGAUCCUUCUCUCCUUCAAAAGGAUGAAGCAACGAGUGCUGCUGAAACUAGUACUCCUCAACAACAACAACAACAAUACGAUAGUGUUGUAUUGAAGGCUAUGGGAAAGGCAAUCCAAAAGGCUGUUACCAUUGCUGAAGUGUUGAAGAGAAGAGUUGCUGGUUUGCAUCAAAUCACUUCCAUUGAAUCUCAAGAAAUUGAAGAUCAAUACGAACCAAAGGAAGAAGGAAUGGAUGUGGUUACUAAGAAGCGUACUGUGAGUUCCAUUAUUAUUAAAUUGUCCAAGAAGCCUUUGGAUACCAAUGCUUUGGGCUAUCAACCACCAAUUCCUGAAGAUCAAGUCACUGCUCCUCAAGUCAUUUCUGCCAAGAAGGUUCCAGGAGGUGGUGCUGGAAAGAGAAGAAAGAGACGUACUAGAGCUCCUGUCAAGUCCACUACUACUACUACUGGUGGUGGUGGUGGUGGCGCUACUACUACUGCAACCCAACAACCAACCAAGACACAAGGAACCAAACAACAACAAGCAACAACCACUCAAGCUGCUGCUGUCUCUGGAGGUAACAGAGGAAGAGGACGUGGUAGAGGUGGUAGAGGAAGAGGACGUGGUGGAAGAGGACAAGCAAGAAAACAAACUGCUGCAACAAGUCAACAAUAA